GAUAUAUGGAAGGCCUUUGGUUUUACAGCAAUAUCAGUUAGAAAAGAUAGAAGCUCUUUGUGGCGUAGAAAAUGGAAUCACAAUCAUUAUAUUUGAGGAUUAUGAAUUAAAGAGUCAACUACUUAAAUAGCUUGAUAAGCCAAUUGUUGAAGUCAAUUCUUGUGAUCCCUUACAUUCUUUCUUGAUUAUUGGCUAACUUAUAAUAAGAAGAAUUCACAUGAUUGGGGCAACCAAAGGCUUUCUUAUAAGGAGUUUGUCAACAAUUUCUAAUGUAUGAUACAAUUGGUUUCCCUUCUACAAUUUGUAUGUCCAUGUCAUUUUGUUUCAGAGCAAUUUUCUGAGAAUGGCUUUAAUUGCAUAUAUGCAUUAGAUGACACCAUGGGUUAUUCCCUAUCCCAUGUCAUGUAUUGUAUAGCACUAUUGUAUUGUAUAUUUUUGAACUUUAUAUAAUACGGAGUAUACAAUACACUGGUAUGGACAACUGUUCAUUAUAAAAGCAAAGUUACUUCAUCAUUAUGUUCCAUUAUAAAAGCAAAGUUAGUGUUCAUCAUUCUGUCUGCCACAUCUUAGUGGUUAAAGUGGCUCAAUCAAACUCUUCCCUUCCCAACAAUCUUUACUGGCCAGUGGGGACCUGUUUCAGGAUAUUUAUGCAAAAGUAGACUUUUUAUUCAUAUGAAAACUAAUGAAAAGACACAAAGAAAAUCAAUAAUGGAACCUUGAAUCAAUUAUUGAACUUUUCACUGUGCCUUUCAUAAUUCCCAAUACAUCAGCUACAGCUACUUAAGCACUUGCUACCAUUGCAUUCUACUCACAGUUCUUCCUGUUUACUUCAACACUCCAAAAUUCAAUCUUCUUAUUUUUCAUCUCUUUCAUUGCUGAAAAAAUGGCUGAGGCCUUGCUUGGAUUUGUGUUAGAGAAUUUGUCAUCUCUGCUUCAGGAUGAACUUUCCACCGUUUUCGGAAUCAAGUCAAAGGCUGAAAAGCUAUCAACCACCUUAGAUCUCAUCAAGGCUGUCCUUGAAGAUGCUGAGCAGAAACAAGUCACUGACCGCUCUGUUAAGGCAAGAGGUUGAAAGAAAUUACAAGGAGAUUAGACGAUCUUGCUGAUAGUAAAAGCAAAUUUAUUCCUCGAGAGGGUAUUACUAUUAGGGAAAGCUCAAUUGAAGUACCUGAAUGGCGCCAAACCAGCUCUUUUAUUGCCGAACCUAAAGUUUUUGGACGAGAAGAUGAUAAAGAAAAGAUUGUUGAGCUUCUUCUCACCCAAGCGAAGGACUCUGACUCUCUUUCCAUCUAUCCCAUUGUUGGCUUAGACGGUGUUGGAAAAACAACUCUUGCUCAGUUGGUCUACAAUGAUGUUAGGGUGACUGUCAAUUUUAAUACAAAAAUUUGGGUUUGCGUUUCUGAGGCAUUUUCGGUCAAGAGGAUUCUAUGUUCCAUUAUAGAAUCUAUCACAUCUGAGAAGUGUGAUUCUUUAUCUUUAGAUGCAAUACAACUAAAGGUGCAAGGUUUGUUGUAAGGUAAAAGAUACUUUCUAAUUUUAGAUGAUGUAUGGAACAAAAGUCAACAAAUAGAGUCUGGAUUAAGCCAAGAGAAAUGGAAUAAGUUGAAAUCUGUGUUGUUGUAUGGAUCUAGAGGUUCUUCCAUUUUAGUUUCCACUCGAGAUGAGGAUGUUGCGGAAAUUGUGAGAACAUGCCAAACUUAUCAUUUGUCUGGUCUCCCAGAAAAUGAAUGUUGGUUGUUGUUCAAACAAUAUGCAUUUGGACACAACAGAGAAGAAUGCACAGAACUUGUGGCAAUAGGUAAGGAGAUAGUAAAGAAAUGCGGUGGAUUGCCUCUUGCGGCACAAGCAUUGGGAGGUCUGAUGCGAUCUAGGAGGGGAGAAAAAGAAUGGCUUGAAGUAAAAGAGAGCAGAAUUUGGGAUUUAACACAUGAGAAUUCAAUCUUGCCUGCCUUGAGGUUGAGCUACUUUCAUUUAACUCCGACCUUAAAGCAGUGUUUUUCUUUUUGUGCGAUAUUUCCCAAAGAUAGCAUAAUCAUGAAAGAAGAACUGAUUCAACUUUGGUUGGCUAAUGGAUUUAUUUCGUCUAGAGAAAAUUUGGAGGUCGAAGAUGUUGGCAACAUGAUUUGGAAUGAAUUGUGCCAAAAAUCAUUCUUUCAAGAGAUCAAGAUUGAUACAUAUUCUGAAGACAUUUCUUUUAAGAUGCAUGAUCUUGUCCACGAUCUUGCUCAGUCGAUAAUGGGGCAAGAAUGUGUGAUUUUAGAGGAUGAGAAGACUAAAUUGUCCGAAAGUACCCAUCAUAUUAGCUUUCACUUUGGUCCCAAUUUAUCGGUGGAUGAGAGUGCUUUGAAAAAAUUAGAGUCCCUACGCACAAUGUUUGAGUUGAAUCGUCGUGGAUAUUCAUGGAGCCUUUCCCAUUCCUUACAGACUGAUCACUUCCCAUUCCCCACAAACUAUUCUCUUCGGGUUUUACGCAUUUCCCCAUUCCAGGUAUUAUCACUCGGAAACUUAAUUCAUUUAAGGUAUUUGGAACUUUAUGGUUGUGACAUUCAAAACAUCCCUAAUUCGAUUUACAACUUACGUAAAUUGGAAAUCUUGAAAUUAAAAAGUCUUACAGAACUGAGAUGUCUACCGAAACGUUUGGCUUGUUUACAAUAUCUUAGGCAUCUUGUCAUUGAAGAUUGUGAUUCACUUUCUCAAUUGUUUCCCUACAUUGGAAAAUUAUCUCGCCUAAGAACAUUAAGUGUAUACAUGGUUAGUUUAAAGAGAGGACAAAGCUUGACAGAACUACGUGAUCUAAACCUCAGAGGAAAACUGAAUAUCAAAGGGUUAAAAGAUGUUGGUAGUUUAUCUCAUGCUCGAGAGGCCAAUUUGAUAGCUAAAAAAGAACUCCAGGAAGUAUGCAUGUCAUGGAGCAUCAAUGAUGAAAUCACCGAGAUCCCGAGUUUUAGUUCCGAGCAAGUACUAGAAGGGCUUCAACCUCACACAAAUCUCAAAAGCUUGAAGAUACAUUACUAUAACGGAUUAUGUUUCCCAAGUUGGAUCCAAACUCUAACUAGUUUAGUUUCUCUUGAACUUCAAGGUUGCAACAACUGUGUGCGGCUUUCACCACUUGGUAAACUACCAUCUCUUAAGAAACUUGAACUAUGUUAUAUGGAUAUGGUGAAAUUUGUGGAUGAUAAUGAUGAUGAUGGUGACGAAUCUCAAGACAGUAUGGACGUGAAGAUUUUCCCAUCUCUAGAGGAACUCAUAUUAAAUAGUUUACCAAGACUGGAGAGGUUGUUGAAAGUGGAAAAAGGGGAGAUGUUUCGUUGUCUUUCUAUUUUAAAAAUUUCCUAUUGCUUUCAACUCAGAUUGCCAUGUCUUCCAUAUGUUAAAGACCUCGAAGUAUAUGGAUGUAACAAUGAGUUACUGAGUUCAAUCUCAAGCUUUUAUGGUCUUACUACCCUUUACCUUUAUAGAGGUAGUGGAAUAACAUCCUUUCCAGAGGGGAUGUUCAGAAAGCUUACUUGUUUUCAAUCUCUACAUGUACAGUAUUUUGAGUACUUGAAGGAGUUACCAAAUGAACCCUUUAACCUUCCUUUGGAGUAUCUGUAUAUCACUGACUGCGAUGAGCUUGAGUCUUUACCUGAAAAAAUUUGGGAAGGUCUGCAAUCCCUUCGAUCUUUGACAAUUAGUAGUUGUGAAAAAUUGAAAUGCCUGCCGGAGGGUAUUCGACACCUCAGUUCUCUAGAGUUUCUGAGUAUUUAUGGGUGUCCAGCAUUAAAGGAGCGAUGCGAGAAGGAAACAGGGGAGGACUGGAACAAGAUAGCGCAUAUUCCACAUAUAAGCUUUUCCAUUUUUAUUUAAAAAAUAGGAAACUGAAGGGGUUGUUUAGAAAAAUAUAGAGGCUAAUUGGAAUGCACAUUUUUUUUAGUUUGAGUUAACUAUGACACUUCGUUGUUUUGUUUCGGUUCGAAAAUGUUUUGUUUGAGUGACGUCAAAUGUUUGGAUAUAAGAAGGAUAUAUGAUUUGUUUGGUAUUGUAUCUUAAAUUUUUUGUUCAUAUUUUAAAACUUUGAUAGUAAUAUUUUAUUAUGAGUCAGUUAAUUCCAUUUUAUAGAUAACUCUUAUGUUUUUUUUUAACAUAUUAGUUGUAUUUUAAUUUUUUGAAAAAUGAUGUAUCUUGUGCCGGUACCGGUAUCUACAUCAGGUACAUUACCGGUAUAUAUGCAUCAUAGUCUACAUUUAGGAACAAAAUCGGUCACCAAUUUCUAUCACAUAUGACUCAUGUAGAGUCGGUUACGAAGUACCUAUGUAUCUGUUCGCAGUGAUUUCUGACAAACAACCGCUAGUCCUCCAAACUCUAUAUUUUGAUAACGUGCAUGAUCGAUUAGAUUGAUCCUAGGACAUGUGUCACAGUUCUUAUUAUUUCCAUGAUCAGACUUAUAUUAAACAUUGCUUCGAAUGACAAAAGGUAACAGGAAUUCUCUUACAGAUUAUAACUUAACCAAGAAUAAGAAUAAAACUGGUGUUGCCAACCAAUUCUAAAUGACUGAAUCUUAAGGCUUGAAUUGACAAUUUGGCAGGAAAGUAAAAUGUAUGUAAAAUGACUAAAACUUAAAAGGUCGU